AUGAAGAAGUCCGAGCUUAAAACUCCAGGAUUUGAAAAGCUGAUGAACAUCUGCGAAAAGGCUAGGGAGUACAAUGUGGAAUUUGCAUGGUCAGACACCUGCUGCAUCGACAAGAGCAGCAGUGCCGAGCUCAACGAGUCGAUUCGCUCCAUGUUCCAGUGGUAUCGCAAGUCAGAGAUCUGCAUCGCCCAUCUGGCACAAAGCAAGACAAUGGACGACAUACCGCGCGACAAAUGGACGGAGAGAGGUUGGACCUUGCAAGAACUCCUUGCACCCAUCCAUAUCAAAUUCUUCAACCAGCACUGGAUACCCAUGACACAUAAUCAGAAUGACAAACAUCCCGACACGGAGCGCUCCGGGUGCAUCAUGUUGAGCACUCUGGAAAGCGCCACUGGAAUUCCUCGUCGUGACAUCUGCGACUUCGCUCCAGCUGCAUUUUGGGUGAAUGAGCAGAUGCAGUGGGCAGCCAGAUGCAAAACAACAAGGGUCGAUGACCUACGCAGAGUCUGUCACAGUUGUUGCUGA